AUGGCGUCGCCUCUGCCCUGGCUGUACAUUAUUCUAUGGGUAGAAAAUACCCUAGGGAAACUUGAAGAUGAAGGCAACUUCUACUCAGAAAACAUCAGUCGGAUCCUAGACAACUUGCUUGAAGGCUAUGACAAUCGUCUGAGGCCGGGAUUUGGAGGUGCUGUCACUGAAGUCAAAACAGACAUUUAUGUGACCAGUUUUGGGCCCGUGUCAGAUGUGGAGAUGGAAUAUACAAUGGACGUUUUCUUCCGCCAGACUUGGACUGAUGAGAGGUUGAAGUUUGGGGGGCCAACUGAGAUUUUGAGUUUGAAUAACUUAAUGGUCAGUAAAAUCUGGACACCUGACACUUUUUUCAGGAAUGGCAAAAAAUCAAUUGCUCACAAUAUGACAACCCCUAAUAAACUCUUCAGAAUAAUGCAGAAUGGAACUAUUUUAUACACUAUGAGGCUUACCAUCAAUGCUGACUGUCCUAUGAGGCUGGUUAACUUUCCUAUGGAUGGGCAUGCUUGUCCACUCAAGUUUGGGAGUUAUGCUUACCCCAAAAGUGAAAUCAUAUAUACAUGGAAAAAAGGACCACUUUACUCAGUCGAAGUCCCAGAAGAAUCUUCAAGCCUCCUCCAGUAUGAUCUGAUUGGACAAACAGUAUCUAGUGAGACAAUUAAAUCUAACACAGGUGAAUACGUAAUAAUGACAGUUUAUUUCCACUUGCAAAGGAAGAUGGGCUACUUCAUGAUACAGAUAUACACUCCUUGCAUUAUGACAGUCAUUCUUUCUCAAGUGUCUUUCUGGAUUAAUAAGGAGUCUGUCCCAGCCAGAACUGUCUUUGGGAUCACCACUGUUUUAACCAUGACCACAUUAAGCAUCAGUGCCCGGCACUCCUUGCCAAAAGUGUCGUAUGCAACUGCCAUGGACUGGUUCAUAGCUGUUUGCUUUGCUUUCGUCUUCUCUGCUCUUAUUGAAUUUGCGGCUGUCAACUAUUUCACCAAUCUUCAGACACAGAAGGCCAAAAGGAGGGCACAGAUUGCAGCCUCACCCCCAGUGACAAUAUCAAAAGCGACUGAACCCUUGGAAGCUGAGAUUGUUUUGCAUCCUGAUUCCAAGUAUCAUCUGAAGAAAAGAAUCUCCUCUCUGACCUUGCCAAUAGUUCCAUCCCCUGAGGCCAGCAAAGUCCUCACUAGGGCUCCUAUCUUACAGUCAACACCUGUCACACCCCCACCACUAUCUGCAGCCUUUGGAGGCACCAGUAAAAUAGACCAGUAUUCUCGGAUUCUGUUCCCUGUUGCAUUUGCAGGAUUUAACCUUGUAUACUGGGUAGUUUAUCUUUCCAAAGACACAAUGGAAGUGAGCAGCAGUGUUGAAUAGCUUGCAGCCAGGAUAACUUCUAUUCUAUAAGUUCUCAUUUUCUAAUUUUUAAAAAUAGCAUUAAGAAUUGUAUGGAUG